CUCUUAUACCAUGUUCCAUGCUCCUUUCCUUUCCCCUCGGUCAUUUAAUACCACUCUCCCGAAGGACAAUUGUGUUUUAUGAUUUGAAGUCUUUUGCCUCUUGAUCAAAGCCAUCCACUCCCAUUGGGUUGCAAAAGUCCAAGGUCUCCAGUUCAAUACAGCAAGAUGAUUGUGACGCGCGGAAUAUCAUUGACAAACUUUGUCGUGGCAUCGUCGGCACUCGCAUUCCAAGUUUUUGUUCUGUAUCCAUGGCACAAGCAGCUCGAUGACGGAUUCGAGGCCCUUAAGAAAGAGCACCUCCGAGUCUUAAAGUCUCUUGAACAGCUACAACAUGACAGCCGGAAGCAGCUUGACGGACGAUUGACUUAAAAUAUGGAUGGAUCACUACGGCGAAAUGUGGCGAUAGAAUAGACGGAUAGGGUUAAUCAAACGCGGCAUAGACACGGCCUCCUUCUCGAUAGUAAUGUCGGAUUGCAUGAGCCAGCGGAAGGUAUUACUCGGGAUAAUGUACAGGAGUCUUACAAUGAGCUUAUCGUGUGUCUUGUACUUUCCAGAUUUGAAACAGCGAUGUAUUACUGCCUUGAAAGUCGAGAGCCUGUAACAUUAAGCCACUCUUUCAACUUGAUGGUCGAGCGAUGCAAGCUAUGUGUUAAUUGAACUACGAUGCAUCAUUUUUCGAGGAAAUGACCGCCGCAGAAAAUGAAGGUUUUUUGGUUCGC